AUGAUGGCGUGCCCUUCGUCCAAAACUAGCCUAGUGCAGGCCAACCUCCACCACAGCGAAACUGCGUCGGCUCAAUUACGCAAGUGGUUGGAGGUUCAAAGGACUGCCAUAGCCUUAAUCCAGGAGCCAUGGGUUGGGGCUGGUAAAAUUAAAGGCCUAAACAACCUAAAAGGUAAGUUAUUCUACAGCUCUGAACACGACAAGCCUAGAGCGUGUAUUUACACUACUAAAGAUAUCUGUGCACAACCUUUAACAGAUUUCUGUUCUAGAGACAUGUAUGCCGUAGCAAUACAGUACACACAGGAGAGUAGAUUAGUCGUCGCCUCGGUCUACAUGCCGGAGGAAGACACUCCUCCACCUCAUGACCUCAGCAGGCUGGUGAACUUCUGCGAGAGGACCGGACUAGAGGUUGUGAUCGGGACGGACUCCAACGCACAUCAUCCCCUUUGGGGAAUGGAAAAACCAAAUGAACGAGAAAUCACUCCACCAAGACAUGCCGAGGUAAAACAACCGUGGUGGGGUAAAGAACUCGAUAGAAAACGUAAGAAGGUAAGAAAAGCUCUAAAUAGGGCCAUGAAUACCUCAAUGGAUGAAGACUGGCUAUUAUAUAAGAAAGCUAAGUCUGAAUACAAAAAAUGUAUCAGGUAUCGACGCUCGAUUGGGUGGCGUAAAUUCUGUGGCAACAUAGAAACCUGCAAACAAGCAAAUAGGAUUAGGAAUAUUCUAGCUAAACAGAACACGUCGGGAUCCAUGUCUCUAAAGAAACCCGACGGUAGCUACUCAACAUCGCCGGAUGAAGCCCAACGCAUCCUAAUUGAAACGCACUUCCCAGGUUGCUGCGUAACCCAGGAGGCAAACCAGCAUGACGACAUACUGACAUCAACAGCAGAAGACUGGAAUUUAGCACAGAGAGUGGUAACGAUGGACAAAAUCCAUUGGGCCAUUCACAGUUUCCUCCCCUAUAAGGCGGCAGGACCCGACGGCAUAUUCCCGGCACUCCUACAGUGGGGGGGUAAAGCCCUAAUAGUCAGACUUGCUGCCAUAAUGCGAGCCUGUCUUGCUCUUAAAUAUGUUCCUAGGGGAUGGAGGGAAGUGAAAGUUACAUUCAUACCCAAACCAGGAAAGAGCGACUACACUGACCCUAAAUCCUACAGGCCCAUUAGCCUCACAUCCUUUCUCCUAAAGACGAUGGAGAGGAUGUGUGAAAGGGAAUUAAGGGGGUCGGCGCUAAUGAACUUACCACUACACGACAAGCAACACGCCUACAGUCUAGGCAAAUCAACAGAAUCGGCCCUUCAUAAGGUAAUUACAAAGAUUGAAGAGGCCAUCCAAAACAAAGAAAUAUGUCUAGGUUCCUUCAUAGAUAUAGAAGGUGCUUUUGACCGAACGAACUUCUCCAGCAUAAAAGGUGCACUCGGUAGACACAAAGUUGAACCGGCACUGAUCGACUGGAUAGUUUACAUGCUCAGUACACGAAUAAUAAAGAUUGCUGGUGAAUCUCAACCAAUCCAAAUUAAGAAAGGCUGCCCGCAGGGUGGGGUUCUCUCACCUCUCCUGUGGAAUAUGGUCAUUAAUGAACUCAUCAGCAAAUUAAAUGACAAUCACUUCUAUACAGUAGGUUAUGCUGAUGACCUGACAAUACUGGUCUCUGGAAAGACAGCAAGCAUAGUGUGCGACCUGACCCAAGCGGCUCUCCGUAUAGUGGAGAGAUGGUGCAGGGAACACGACUUAACUGUCAAUCCAAAUAAAACGGUUUUAGUUAUGUUCACACAAAAACGAAAGCUGAAUAACUAUCAUCCUCCAAGUCUUUUUUAG